CUGUUAAAGCUGCUGCUGCUUUUGUUGUUGUUGUUGUUGCUGCUGCUGUUAGAUUUCGCCGUUACUAGUUAGUCUACUGCUACAACAGUGUAUAUACAAUGGAUAAUCUGACUUCAGAAGACUGGGAUGUUUUAUGCAGUACUGCUAGUGAAAAGAAAGCCAAAAAGAGUCACAGGAGAUCUGUUUCUUUGGGACAUCACGACCAACUGCAGCUCAUUAGACAACAUCUACAAAAAAACAAAGAAGGAAGCAAACAGCCCAAUUCUUCAAAACUUAGACACAGUCCUGUAUCUGCAAAUCAUUGUGCAUUAACAUCAAGCCAAUCAACCAAUGUAUUCAGCCAACCAAAGUCAAUAUCACCUAGUAUCAAUAAUAAUAAUAAUAAAGCUACCAUGCCUAGGUAUCAAAGAAAUAGUGUAGAAGGUUUAAACACAGAGAUUGAAAAGUUAGUUUUAAAAUCUAUUUCCUUAAUGGAAGAUGAAGAUAAUACUCAUGAUAUUCCUGAUGGCCAUCGAGCACCCUUACCCGAUCAACAGCAACACCAGCAAUAUUCACUAGGUGGUUGCAAUGCCAACAAUAAUGGCCCCAAUUCUCUGGCAACAACACGGACCUUAUAUACACAGACUCCUUCAAGUUGUUUUGAGAGCAGAGAGGUAUCUUCAGUUAGUAGCAAUAGCAGUAGUUCUUCAACAGCAAAUAGGUCCCAUUCUGUUAGCCCUGCAAUGCCAGUUAUUCCAAAUGCACAUAUAGACACUUCUCGACCAUCUAGUCAAAUAGCCAGCAAAUCAGAGCAUAGUUCAACAGAUACAGAAAAAGGUGAUCCAGAUUUCUCAGUUGUAGAUUCUCCUGAACCCAAAUUUGUAUCCAGUCCUAAGCCCAAUAUGUCAUACUCUUUUGCAAGAGAACCUCCUGAUGGUUGUGAGAGAAUCAAAGCUACAUGUGUUGAAAGUGCCAAGAAGACUCCAGCUAUUAAAGAACCACUUUUGUUUUGUUCUCCGAAGAAUACAGCAUAUGUUCUAAAACCAAGUGUUACAUCAGCAUUUAACCCUUUAUAUAAAAGUUUGAUGACUCAAAGCCCAGAACUUGCCUUAUGCAGUCCUGCAGCUAAUUCUAACCAGCCCCAGGCCAGUUUUGAAGGACAAUGAUUACUUAAAUAUUUCUUUAACAACAAUAUUUAUUAAGAAUGUCACACGGUAUUUCAAAUGUUUAUUUUGGCAUAUUCUUCUAGAAUCUGUUCCAAUUAAAACAUUAAUUGUAAACUAGUUGUUAAUCAUAUCGAACAAUUGAGCAUUGUAUACCAGACAUGGAGUGAUACAGUCAAUGGAAAAGGUUUGCUAAUUAACAAACAAUAUUGGCAAAUUUCUGGGCUCUAAUUAUCAUAACAUCUACAAUUUAUGUUUCAUUUCACAAUUUUUAUUUUAUUCAUUUUUUUUUUUUAUAUUUCAUUAUUCCUUAUGCAGAUGGAUCCUAUCUGUGCCUUUUUUGUUUAGUAGUCUGCAGUUUGGAUUUUUUUUUGUCUUUUUGGUUUAAUGAAUGCUUAAAGCAGAGAAAUGAACCAAUAAUUGGUGAGAUAUUACUCACUUAAGCUGAGAUUGUGAUAUCUGAUUUUACAGAUUUGAAAUUGAUAUAAGUUUUGUUCUAUUGUUAUGGCUUGGAUGCAUACUUUCCUAUUCUCCUCAUAUGGAUAACAGUAACAGAUAUGUUGCUUUACCAAGGUAAUAUGCCCCCUUCCUUUUGAAUGGGAUAUUCUUUCUAUUGCCAUGCUUUGUCUAGUCUUAAAAAUCUAA